AGUUGUUUAAUUUCAACAUCUUGUAUUUUGUUAUUAUUAUUUAGAAAAAGCAAAGCACAAAAUUGGAAACAAAAAGGAAUACUAAACGCCUACUAUAAAUUCAAUUUCCCUUCUUUCCAGCUUCCGUCUUCCUUCUGAUCUCCUUUUCUAUAAAGUCGGCCAUUGAAGCUUUACUAAGCUUUGGGAGCUUAACAUGCGGCAGUUGACCAACACAAGGCUUUUUGAUUGAAUUAAAGAUGUGGCGCUACUUACCGAAAGCUUUACACCGCUAUGGAAGAUUCAAUCAAUGUCAAAACGCAGUAAAAUAUGCGACUGGAUCAUAUUCUUUAGUCUGCAAUGUCGCAUCUCAAAGUUUGAUUUACAGUUUUUUCCAUGGCUCAAUCUCUAAUUCAUAUUCGACUGGCUGCACUAAAAUGGUUGAAGAUGCCACAAAAAGCUAUCCAGUUUCUGACAUGUUGGUUGAUUCAUUUGGGAGGCUGCAUACAUACUUGAGGAUCUCCAUAUCAGAACGUUGCAACUUAAGAUGUCAGUACUGCAUGCCUGCUGAAGGAGUAGAGCUCACUCCUGGCCCUGAACUCCUCUCCAAGGACGAGAUAGUGCGGUUGGCAAACCUUUUUGUUAACAAUGGAGUGAACAAAAUACGUUUGACUGGAGGAGAGCCUACAAUUAGGAGAGAUAUUGAAGAUAUUUGCUUGCAGUUGUCUGAAAUGAAGGAGUUGAAGACACUCGCCAUAACAACUAAUGGAAUCACUCUUGCGAGAAAACUGCCAAAGCUUAAAGAGUGUGGCCUUACCGCAGUGAACAUUAGCUUAGAUACAUUGGUACCUGCAAAAUUUGAAUUCAUGACACGGAGGAAAGGGCAUGAAAAGGUUAUUGAGUCGAUUAAUGCUGCUGUGGACCUUGGUUAUGAUCCUGUUAAAGUGAACUGUGUUGUCAUGCGUGGUUUUAAUGAUGAUGAAAUAUGUGAUUUUGUUGCAUUAACGCGUGAUAAGCCUAUUAACAUUAGAUUCAUUGAGUUCAUGCCCUUUGAUGGAAAUGUUUGGAAUGUCAAGAAACUUGUGCCUUAUUCUGAAAUGAUGGAGAGCGUGGUAAAAAAGUUUUCUAACCUGAAGAGACUUAAUGAUGAGCGUACAGACACUGCGAAGAAUUUCCGGAUUGAGGGGCACUGUGGAACUGUUUCUUUCAUCACAUCUAUGACUGAGCAUUUUUGUGCUAGCUGCAAUAGGUUGCGUCUUUUAGCUGAUGGGAACCUUAAAGUAUGUCUCUUUGGACCUUCAGAGGUGAGCUUAAGAGACCCCAUGCGCGAAGGUGCUGAUGACAGUGAGCUCAUGGAAAUAAUAGGAAAUGCAGUGAAAAGGAAGAAAGCUGCCCAUGCAGGAAUGUUUGACCUUGCAAAUACAGCAAAUAGGCCGAUGAUACGUAUCGGUGGCUAAGGCUUGGUGGUAUAUCUUUAAGAACUCACAGAUGCUGUUGUACAAUGGCCUUUCGUCAUGGUCCGUGUAGGGUUAGAACCUGAAUGAUGAGAGCCGCCAGUUGAAGCUGUUGGAGCAGAAGUUAGUUAUACUUGAUGUACACAUUAAUAUAAGAAAACAAACUCAUGGAGCACAAAAAUAACAUGGGUUUGGAGUCAUAAUCAUAGUAUUAACUUCAUGUUUAAUACAAUUACAGCAUUGUUUAGCAACAAAAUGAGCAUUCUAAUUUUGAUAUCCACACCUUGAAGAUACAACAACGGAACCACAUUAUUUCUUUGUUUUUCUGUAUAAUUUUUGGUGCACUUCGAGAACUGUAUGCGAGACUACGAUAAUGAUCUUACGCGAUAAUUUUGUUGGGAAGAUGUAAGGUUUAUACGUUUUUUCAAUGUUGAAAAUUCUUUUGGAACA